CUAUCAUAAAUCUGGGAUUAUAUAAUGUACUAGAUCUACGUAUAUAUUAUAUCAUGCACAGUGAGAUUGCACACUUGUUGGAGACAGAACGGAAGAGUCUCCAGUCAUCGUCUACAGACGGGCAUAGAACAGGACUGAGUGUUGCGAGAAGUGGUCAUUUCACAUAGGCCAGUCUAGCACAGAACACAUAGGCCAGUCUAGCACAGAACACAUAGGCCAGUCUAGCACACAACACAUAGACCAGUCUAGCACACAACACAUAGACCAGUAUCCCAAAACACACAACGACCAGCGUUGCACAGAGUAUUAUUUUGAAAUAGGUCAGUGUCUCAAAGAACACACGCACACACACACACAGACAAGUGUAUCAGAGCACACAGAGACCAGUGUGUCGUGUGUCAGAGAACACAUAGACGCGUGUGUGGUGUCGUGUGUCGCCUAGAGAGCACACAUAGACACGUGUGUUGUGUCGUGUGUCGCCCAGAAUGACCCGUGAGAAGUUUGAGUUCACCGAUCCUAACGCGGGCGGCAGCGAGACCAACCUGACCAUGGCUUCCGGCGGAAGGAAGAACGGCGGAUGUUACGUCAGCGGGGUGGUGGGCGUGGCCCUCACGCUAGUCGCCAUCUUGAUCGCCGUGGGCGUGGGCCUGAUCGUGCACCUGGCGGAAGGGGAGAGGGAGCUGGUGUGUCAGUGUGGCUCAGGGGACGGACAUACGGGGGCUGCCUCGGCCGACGCCAUCAAACAACAGUGUGAGCAGUGGGCGGGCCAGGGAGACCAGGACAUCUGUAAGUACAUCACGUGCCGGGUGCUUUGA